AUGAAGUAGUAACACAGUAACAGAAUAUGCUUCUAACAAUUCUCAUGCUCCCUUCAACCACCCUUUUCAAACCGCCACUUCAUCACGUUAAGCAUAUGCUUUUUAAUAUUCUAGCAAACUUAGCUCAUAAAUUCCCCUCUCUAACCCCUUUUUUUUUCUACCUUCAUCACAUUUCAUUCAUAUUACACCAACCCUUUUCUGCAUUUCAUCUUCUUCACACUGUUUAUUCGUUAAAAAAACACAUUUUUUUUCCCAACGUUAUGAAGUUUGGAAAGAGACUGAAGCAACAGAUUCAGGAGUCGUUGCCGGAGUGGAGGGACAAGUACUUGUCGUACAAGGAACUGAAGAAGCUGGUGCGUCUCAUAUCGGAGGCACCAACGUUGUUGAAUGGUUCCUUGGAAUAUGGCAAAACCGAGGCUGAGUUCAUGUGCUUGUUGAAAAUUGAAAUAGACAAGUUCAAUGGCUUCUUCAUGGAGAAAGAAGAGGAUUUCAUCAUUCGCCACAUGGAAGUACAACAGAGAAUAAAGAGAGUAGUUGAUUUAUGGGGACCAAAUGGCAGUGCACCCUCAGAAGCAGAUUAUAAAGAAGAGAUGGCAAAAAUCAGAAAAGCUAUAGUUGAUUUCCACGGUGAAAUGGUUCUUUUAGUAAACUACAGCAACAUCAAUUACACAGGAUUGGCUAAAAUUCUGAAGAAAUAUGACAAGAGGACAGGGGGGCUUCUGCGUUUGCCAUUCAUUCAGAAAGUGUUGGAGCAGCCUUUUUACACAACAGAUCUAAUUUCAAAGCUUGUGAAGGAAUGUGAAUGCAUAAUCGAUGCAGUGUUCCCUGCUGAGGAAGAAGCAGAGAGAGCAAAGGAAGCAAAAGAGGCCAUCACUGUUGCAGGAGAAGGAAUAUUCAGAAACACAGUUGCAGCUUUACUUACAAUGCAAGAGAUGAGAAAAGGUAGCUCCACUCAGAGUCCUUUCUCUCUGCCUCCACUCAACCUGCCAGACUCUGAUCUCAUCCAAUCAAUUCAGCUCAAUGCUGCAGUUCCCAUUGUGUAGUGAAUCUGCUCAUGUAUCACAACACAACACACUUUGUUUGGUUCAGAAAUAGAUACCGUAGUUAGAAUGCUUUAAUGGGAUCAAGAGAUUUACUAGUCUUUAAUGAGUCGAUAUUAAUAUAAGAUGAAAUAUGUUUUU